AGCAGCAACAGAAGAAGAAGAACCAUAGCAACGAUUAAAUAACUAUGGCGGUCACAACUGUAGUCAAGUGCGAUCCAGAGUUCUUCUAUUUAUUUCUCUUGCUUACUGUCGUUACUGUAAACACAACAGAGAGCGACUUUAAUACGACGGGUUUUGAUGCCUUCAAUCUUAUUGAUAAUGUUACUGAGAGUUAUCCGCGUACACAGCCUCCAGUGUCUGAGAGCACGACCACAGCUCCGAGCUACAGCACCGAGACGCCGAACCUACCGGCCGUGCCCCUGCCAGUCUCCGGGCACCUACCCACUCCUCUCACCAGUGCUGACAGGUUAUGUCCCUGCGAUGAGCAGAUGGAUGUAUGUGACAUCAACUGCUGUUGUGACAGAGUGUGUAGUGGGGAUGUGCCUCUGUUCACCAGUUGCUCAUAUCCCACUGUGAGUGGCAGCAAGCAGAUGUGCAGCCACGACGUAGCGUCCUACUCUUUAAGGAGAGCAGCAGACGGUUAUUCAGAGCUGCAAUCAUCUGUUCAGAAGGAGACCAACUACGACAUCUUCUGCAUUGAGUCACAAAACCGAGUUGAUGGACUGUCAUAUCCCUCUCCCGCUCUGCCAACUGACAGCAACUUUGUGUCGCUCUUUAAACAAUUCACCAGCUAUAUGUUCAGUUUAGAGAAAGUUAACCAGGCGUCCUCUGUAAAGCUCCAGACCUCAGGUGGAUACCAGUACGGGGAUGUGAUUGUGACGGCAGGGGCGGCUGAACAGAGAGAGAUCUUGCAGCUGCCAGCUCCCGGUGUCACUGCUGAUUGUGUGGAUAACAGUCCUGCAGCUUUCCUGAAGGAUCAAAGCAGUCGGUGCUCCCGUCGCGUGGUCCUGGAUCAGGACUGCGGCCGUCUGCCAGCCCUCAGCAUGGACAGCUACACCGACACCCAGCUGUUUAGUGAUAUGAGCACAGAUGCAGCUGUUGUUCCUGUGGUGGUGUCUUCAGUCAUCCUACAGUCUGCAGAUCACACUCAGACUGAGCUGAAGAUCACAGGUGGAGAAAACGUCAGUCCUGUUCUCAUCAACCCCACCCUCUGUGGAAAUGUGGUGCUGAAGACCUGUUGUUCCACUGAGUCAUCCACUCCUGUAGAAAAUAUCACACCUGUCUGUGUUGACGUCUUUGCUGUGCUCUCCACAAACACAGAAGAUUUUUUUUCUGAAAAGGAAGCUCCAAGUUGCAGCAUCCCAUUGUCACUGCACUUAGAAAUUAAAUGGACCAAUUACGGAUCCUUCGUGAAUCCUCAAGCACAGAUUGUGAGCAUCAAAGAAGUAAUUCAGAGCAACACCAGCAGUUUGACCCUGUUGUCCAGAGGCAGCAGUGUCCUUCCAAUCAGAAGCUCAGUGGCCUUCAUCCCAGUAUCUGCUGCUGCUCUUCCUGGUUACAGGGCCACACCUACCAUCAAUGCCAAACUGCCCUUUGACUUCUUCUUCCCUUUUGUUUGAUCCAACUGCAGCUUUCACUUAUUUAAGCUUCCCCAUAAACACUGGUACAGUGUGUGGUCAUCACUAGUACUGUUAUUGGACCAUCAGUCUGCAACUGUGUAUUGUGUGAAUAAUGUACAUCUGAGUUUUCCCUUUUUUAUAAUAAAAUUUAAUACAUGGUUUCACA